UAAAACGCUUCCGUCGACCAUUCUCUCUCUUCUUCGCCUUUCUUCUUUUUCUCUCUUUUCUCCCACCGCUCUAUCUCUCUCUAUAGAAAAACUAAGUAGAAAGCUCUAACAAUAUUCGCAGAGCUCCCUCCAAACAAUCCCAAUUCCCUCUCGCACGUGCUCCUCACUCGCUCCGUGUUUUUUUUUUUGGUUUUUAUUUCUCUCUUUCGAAUCCUUGGACUCUCUCGAUCCCCAUUCGCUGUUAUCGCACAAUCGACGGAGCCCAAGGCUCACUCCCGUCCACGAAGCGGCGUCGUUUCGCGCCCCAACGGAACUCCAUUGAAGUUUAGUAUUGAGUGAGAAUGACUUGAAUUUGGGGUUUCAGAGGAAUGCAUUAUGGAUUAUGGCAAGCAAGGGUUUUGCAAGAACAGAGGGCGAGUUUCGGGCUUGUAGCGAUUCCUCUUCUGGUUUUAUGAGAAGUAUGGCUCUUCAGAAAUACAUUCCUUCUGGUGAUGCACCUUCUGUUAGUAUGAAACCUUUGAGUUUUUCCAGUAAGGUUCAGGAGAAAGUUCAACUUGCUGAUCCGGAGGGAAGUCCUACCAUGGAUGCUGAUGUGGAUAUUGACCUUAGAGAAGUUUAUUUUUUAAUUAUGCAUUUUCUAUCAGCUGGACCAUGUCAUAGAACCUAUGGGCAGUUCUGGAAUGAACUUCUUGAACAUCAACUUUUACCUAGAAGAUACCAUGCUUGGUAUUCAAGGAGUGGCUUGCGCAGUGGGGAUGAAAAUGAUGACGGAUCAUCUUUUCCAUUAAGUUAUAAUAAGUUGGUGGAGAGGUACCCUCAUAUUGGGAAGGAUCAUUUGGUAAAGCUCUUGAAGCAACUGAUACUGAGCACUACCCAUCCAUCACAAGGCAUGAUUCGUGGAAAUGUGCCAAAUGCAGCUGAUGUUCCUACCCUUCUAGGAACGGGCUCCUUUUCACUUUUGGGCAAUGAUAUGGACAAAGGACACAACGAGGUGAAUCCUCCUCCUAUUCACAUGCGUUGGCCUCAUAUGCAAGCUGAUCAGGUCCGGGGGCUAAGUUUGAGGGAAAUUGGAGGUGGUUUUACAAGGCAUAAUCGAGCACCAUCUAUUCGUGCGGCAUGUUAUGCUGUUGCAAAGCCAUCAACUAUGGUACAAAAGAUGCAAAAUAUUAAGAAGCUAAGGGGACACAGGAAUGCUGUUUAUUGUGCCAUUUUUGAUCGGACAGGCAGAUAUGUUAUUACAGGUUCAGAUGACCGCCUUGUGAAGAUCUGGUCAAUGGAAACAGCAUAUUGCUUGGCCAGCUGCCGUGGACAUGAAGGUGAUAUUACUGACUUGGCUGUGAGUUCUAACAAUGCUUUGGUGGCAUCCUCUUCAAAUGACUGCAUCAUUCGAGUUUGGCGUUUGCCAGAUGGACUACCAAUUUCAGUUUUACGUGGACAUACUGGAGCUGUUACAGCUAUUGCUUUUAGUCCUAGACCAAGCUCUGUAUACCAACUAUUAUCGUCAUCUGAUGAUGGAACAUGUAGGAUAUGGGAUGCUAGGUACUCCCAAUUCAGUCCGCGAAUAUACGUUCCAAGGCCUCCAGAUUCUAUAGCUGGAAAGAACAAUGUUCCAUCCUCAAGUAAUGGUCCCCAAAGCCAUCAAAUAUUUUGUUGCGCAUUCAAUGCUAAUGGAACUGUCUUUGUCACUGGUAGCUCAGACACUCUUGCAAGGGUCUGGAAUGCUUGUAAAUCCAACCCUGAUGAAUCUGACCAACCAAAUCAUGAGAUGGAUAUAUUAUCUGGACAUGAAAAUGAUGUUAAUUAUGUGCAAUUCAGUGGUUGUGCUGUAUCAUCUAGAUUUUCCGUGGCUGAAUCCUCGAAGGAAGAGAAUGUUCCAAAAUUCAAAAAUUCCUGGUUUACUCAUGAUAAUAUAGUCACCUGUUCUCGGGAUGGCAGUGCAAUUAUAUGGAUUCCAAGAUCACGCAGAUCACAUGGAAAGGUUGGUCGUUGGACACGGGCGUAUCAUCUCAAAGUUCCACCUCCACCAAUGCCUCCUCAACCCCCACGAGGAGGUCCGCGUCAAAGAAUUCUUCCAACUCCUCGUGGUGUUAAUAUGAUUGUGUGGAGCCUGGACAAUCGCUUUGUCCUUGCUGCUAUUAUGGAUUGCAGAAUAUGCGUCUGGAAUGCUGUUGAUGGUAGUUUGGUACAUUCUUUGACAGGUCAUACUGAAUCUACAUAUGUUCUGGAUGUUCAUCCUUUCAACCCCCGGAUUGCCAUGAGUGCUGGCUACGAUGGGAAAACCAUAGUGUGGGAUAUAUGGGAAGGCACACCUAUCCGGAUCUAUGACACUGCACGUUUCAAGUUGGUUGAUGGGAAGUUUUCACCGGAUGGAACGUCAAUUAUACUCUCUGAUGAUGUUGGUCAACUAUAUAUAUUAAGUACGGGUCAAGGCGAGUCCCAAAAGGAUGCUAUGUAUGAUCAGUUCUUCCUCGGGGAUUAUCGUCCUCUUAUACAGGAUACAUAUGGAAAUGUCCUUGACCAGGAAACUCAGCUUGCACCAUAUCGGAGGAAUAUGCAAGAUCUGCUUUGUGAUGCAACCAUGAUACCAUACCCAGAACCCUAUCAGAGCAUGUAUCAGCAGCGGCGAUUAGGAGCUCUGGGAAUUGAAUGGCGUCCUUCCUCACUGAGAUUGGCUGUUGGGCCAGAUUUCAAUCUGGACCAAGAUUACCAAAUGUUACCAUUGCCUGACUUGGAUGUAUUGAUUGAUCCAUUACCAGAAUUUAUAGAUGUCAUGGAUUGGGAACCUGAAAAUGAAGUGCAAACUGAUGAUACUGAUUCAGAGUAUAAUGUUACUGAGGAGUAUUCUACUGGAGGGGAACAAGGAAGCUUAAGUUCCAAUUCCUCUGGUGAUCCAGAGUGCAGUGCAGAAGAUAGUGAUGUUGAGAACUCUCAUAAAGAUGGCCUCCGCAGAUCAAAAAGGAAAAAGCAGAAGGCAGAAACUGAGAUCAUGACUUUUUCUGGGAGGCGAGUUAAAAGGAGAAAUUUAGAUGAGUUUGAUGGUAAUUCACUCAGAAGUAACAGGACUAGAAAAUCAAGAAGUGGCCGAAAAGUUUCCCACAAAAAUUCUUCUAAAUCGAAGUCAUUGAGACCUCAGAGAGCUGCUGCUCGCAAUGCUCUUACUUUGUUUUCCCGAAUGAAAGGAACAUCUACAGAUGGAGAAGAUGAAGAUGGCUCUGAAGGUGAUUUGUCAGAAAGUGAAUCCUCACUGGAAGAUUCUAACAUUGAGAGUGAUGAAUCCGAUGGUUCUUUGCAAAAUGAGCAAUGCAAACAUUCAAAAGGAAAAGAAGUAUCCUUGGAUGAGUUUGAAGAUAUGGAUAAACAGCAUGAGCAUCCUGAAUCUUGUAUGAAUGCGGGAAACAGAAGGAGAUUGGUCCUUAAAUUCCCAAUUCGUGAUUCAAAUAGACUUUUGUUGGCUCCAGAGAACCAGGCUGAUUUAGUGGGGUCAUCAUCUAAAGCUCCUCAGGAAGCCUCUGAAGUAAAUAGGAAUCAUUUAAGCUCCCAGGAUCUGGGGUACUCUUCUAGUGAUGCAAAUUGCAAUAGAAUCGAAAGAAGAGAGAGGGGGCAACCUGAAAAGAUUGAAGAUCAUUUAGACCUGUUUGAAGGAUACAAGGAUGGGAAAAUUAGAUGGGGAGGAGUCAAGGCUCGCACAUCCAAACGUCUGAGGGUGGUGGAACCCAUGCCUUCAGACACUGACGCUAGAUCUAGACAAUGCAUUGAUGGUCAUGAUGCAACUGAAAACACUAUCAAUGGAUUCCAAGAACCUGAAAAGAAUUAUGACAGAAUAUCCCCUCAUUCAGAAAUCAAAUAUCAUGUAGAAGAGACAGGCAAAAUGGCUCAUAUGAAUGGGCAACAUUUUGGGAAUGGUGCUGUUGAGGGUCUGGAUGCUACAUCAAAUGGAAAAAAGCACUCUAGCUUCAAUGAGUGCAUGAAUUAUGAUGAACCACCAAAACAGGUGAACAUGGUUGCUGGUGACACAGCUGCAUCUUCUGUCCAGCAUUCUAAUGGGACUGACCACCCUCCUCAUUUGAAAGAGAGCUCUACAUCAUCGACAAAGUUAAGGAUAAGGUCAAAAAAGAUUUUAGAAGAUCCUGAAAUUCCUUCUGAUCCAAAAAUUAAAUCUUCAGUAGAAGAUUGGAGCAAUGGUCGAUGUGACACAUUAUCUGAAAGUCAAUUGGAAAUUGCAGAAGUGCCUGACUGUGAUGAUACAGAUAGACCCCAUUCGGAUCAUGGAGAUUGGAAUGGAUUGCUUAAGUCUGAGGCUGCAAUUGAGCAAAAUUCCAGGUCAGUUUUGCAAGACUCACAGGGGCUAUAUUCACAUGUAAACAAUAAGAUGUACAAUGCUGUUUACAGAAGGUCAAGGUCCUACAGGACUAGAACUAAUUCAGAAGGUGAGGGUGGUGGCAUGGAAGAAAGCACUUCAAAUGCGAGCAAUCAUAAUCUUGAUUCAGGCAUGGAUUUCCAUGAAGCAACAACUGAUGGGGCUCGUAGGACACGGUCCAUGGGACUGAAGGCAACUACACGCGACCCAGAUGUGACUUGCAGUAAUCUCAAGUUGAGGCUAGGCCAUGGAUCAGAAGAUACAUUAAAAAGUGUCGAUAAGUUUUCUGUGAAUAGAUCUGAUGAACUUCCAUGUGAAGAAUGGAUGUCAAGUUCUAGGAUGACAGUUGGGCUGAGAUCUGCUAGAAACAGGAGGGCCAGUUAUCAUGUUCGUGAUACAAGUCCAAGUCCAAUGGAGAGACGGAAGCCACAUCAAUCAUCAAAAAAGGUGUCUUGGUUGAUGUUGUCAAUGCAUGUGGAACCCCGAUAUAUCCCCCAGCUGGGUGAUGAAGUUGUAUAUCUGAGACAGGGCCAUCAGGAGUAUAUAACUUAUAGUGGCUCACAUGAAGCAGGCCCUUGGACAUCAGUCAAGGGAAUCAUAAGAGCUGUAGAAUUUUGUAAAGUUGAAGGCCUUGAAUAUUCUCCAUUUGCAGGUUCUGGUGAUAGCUGCUGUAAAAUGACACUUCAAUUUGUAGAUCCUACUUCCCAUGUGUUUGGUAAAACAUUCAAGUUGACCCUGCCUGAAGUGACCAGCUUCCCAGACUUUCUUGUUGAAAGAACUCGGUAUGAUGCUGCUAUCCAGAGGAAUUGGACUUCUAGGGACAAGUGCCGAGUCUGGUGGAAAAACGAGGGUGAGGAAGAUGGGAGUUGGUGGGAUGGACGGAUCUUAUCUGUGAAGGCCAGAUCUCCUGAAUUCCCAGACAGUCCAUGGGAUAGAUAUGUUAUUCGGUACAGGAGUGAACCAACAGAAACACAUCUGCACAGUCCGUGGGAACUUUAUGACAUUGGUACUCAGUGGGAGCAGCCUCAUAUUGAUGAUGAGAGCAGAAACAAACUAUUAUCUUCACUUGCCAAAUUAGAACAGUCGGGAGACAAACCUCAGGACUACUAUGGGAUUCAAAAACUGAAACAAGUCUCACAGAAGUCAAAUUUUUUGAACAGGUUUCCGGUUCCGCUGUCUCUUGAAGUGAUCCAAUCAAGGUUAAAGAACCAGUAUUACAGAAGUAUGGAGGCAGUGAAGCAUGAUGUCAAGGUCAUGCUAUCAAAUGCUGAAACAUACUUUGUAAAAAAUGCGGAGCUUUCAAUGAAAGUGAGGCGCCUAUCAGAGUGGUUUACACGGAUGCUUUCAUCUAUAUAAGGCCUCUCAGAGACAAUUUUGUAGACAAAUCAGCAAUUAAUGAUUUUUUUUCCUUCAUUUUUUCUCUCUCUCUCUUGUAGAUAUUCUUUCUAUUUUAUUUAUCAAGCUUUUAAGUUGUACCCAUUGUUCCAAUUUUGGAAAUUGGUUAAUCUUUUUGGAGAUUCCUUUUAGAGCUGAGGAUAGAUCUUGGGUAAAAAGUAGAAGUAGCUGGGGAAAAUUUUCCACCAGAAAAUUCAUUCAUGUAUAGACUGACACUUGAAUCAUCAUCAUUAAUAAUGACAAUGAAAAGAAGAAAAGUUGAUAGUUAA